AAGCUAACAAGAAACCUUCUAGAAAAAGAAACCAACAAAUAAGCUUCACAAAUCAAGAGAUAGUGAAAGAAGUUAACCCUUCCCCAAGUUACUAGAAUUGCUAUCAAAGCAUAACCAAUAUAUGCCACAUACUAUAAGCGUGCCCUCUAAGCUCUUCAUUCUAAUUCAUUCAAUCCUAUAAAUAAAAAACCAAACUUAAUUAAAUUUCCUCAAACACUCACCCUUUUGUCUUUUUUCAUAGAUAUUGCAAAAAACAUAUAUAUUACCAUCAUGGAUCAUAGGAUUUGUGUAAAUGGAGAAGGAGAAGGAGAUGGAGAUGGAAGUGUUUAUCUACAAGUUGGUGAACUUAGGAGGCUAAGUGAAACAACAAGCAAAUGCAGCACAAUGUUUGAGCCUCAUGGCGCUAGCAGUAUAGAGAAGAGAGAUAGUGAUGUUGCUGAUAAAGAUAAUUCCAAUGAGUCUUCAACGACGGUUAGAGCUCCAGAAAAGAAGCUUACCCUCUUUGCGCUUCGCCUCGCCGUGCUCGAAAAAGCAGCAACUGGUUUGGGAACUCUUGGUUUUAUAUGGGCAACCGUUGUACUUCUAGGCGGUUUUGCCAUUACUUUAGACAAAACAGAUUUUUGGUUCAUCACAAUUAUACUAUUGAUUGAAGGAACAAGGAUUUUCAGCAGGAGUCAUGAGCUUGAAUGGCAGCAUCAAGCUACAUGGUCUAUUACUGAGUCUGGAAUCUAUAGUUUCCGGAUGCUGAGAUCGAGUUCGAGUUUUGUUGUUCAAAGUAUAAAGAAUCUUUGCAGGCCUAUUAAUGCUGCUGUCAAGAAGCAUAGGAGAGACACAGUGGAAGCGAAUGUAGUUGCUCCGAGGUUUUGGGAUAACAGAAACACAAGGACACCGACUCGAACGUGGAUUAGCUCGGAUGUUCCACUUCUACCAUAUGCUAAAUGGUUUUUCAUUUCAAGGCAUAUCAGCAAGCUUCUGUAUUGGCUUCAGCUUCUUUCUGCAACAGCUUGUGUUGUUCUGUCAUCAACAAAGCUUAUCAGGCAAAACUAUGGAGAGAUUGCUAAGGGAGAUACUGAUAAGAGGAACCGUGAAUCUGCUCUCGAUAUAUUUUAUGCAUUGGCACUUGCUGAAGCUUUGUUGUUCUUAACUGAAAAGGCUUAUUGGGAGUGGAAAAUCAGCUACUGUGAACUGUUGGAUGAGGUUAACAGAGAGUGCGAGCUCGGGCCAUCGGGGAUGGUAUCUAUAAGGAGAUUCUUUUAUGAUGCUUAUUCGAGGUGUGUCAAUGGAAGCAUAUUUGAUGGAUUGAAAAUGGAUAUGGUCUCUUUUGCUUUAGAUCUCUUGGCCUCAAACUCACCUGAUGAGGAGCUUAUUGGAGCUAGAAUUCUUCGACAAUUCGCAAACAGUGAGAGGUUUUCGAAUGAUACACUUCAAAAGAUUGGAAUUUCUAUAUCUGUGGUGGAGAGACUAGUUGAGAUGUUGAAUUGGACAGACCACAAUGAGGAAGAAAUUAGGCUGUCGGCUGCAGAGAUUCUAUCAAAACUUGCUGGCAAAAAGCAAAACUCUCUACGCAUAUCCGGGAUACCGGGAGCUAUGGAAUCAAUAUCAUCUCUACUUCAAACUAACAGGAAUUGUAUGCAUGCUGCUGAUGAAGUUGGAGAAAAGAAACUCAUAUUUGAUCACCCGAAUUAUGGGUUCUGGACAUUUAACCAUUUGGGACUACUCAUUCUGAAGAAACUUGCCCACGAUCACGACAACUGUGGAAAGAUUGGAAAUACGAGAGGACUACUUCCAAAGAUCAUAGAUUUCACACAUGCUGAAGAGAGGCUUCUGAAGAAUGAAAAUGUUACUCCGUCGCAAAUUCUGACAGUGAAGAGAUCUUUGCAGCUGGUGAAGAUGCUGGCUAGCACAACAGGAACUUAUGGAAAACAUCUUAGAAAAGAGAUUUCAGAGGUAGUUUUCACAAUCAGCAAUAUCAGAGACAUUUUAAGACAUGGUGAGAAGCACCCUUUGCUACAGAAACUGAGCAUAGAAAUUUUAACUAGUCUGGCACUGGAAGGUGAAGCAACAGAAAGGAUUGGAGGUACAGGUGGAGUGCUUAAAGAAUUGUUUAAUAUAUUUUUCAAACAAAGCAUACCAGAAAAUCAGAAAGAUGUAACAACUGUUGCUGGUGAGGCGCUAGCAAUGCUGGCAUUAGAAAGCAAGAGCAAUUGCCAUCGGAUUUUGAAGUUGAGAGUGUUGGAAAGGCUUGUAGAAGCAUUGAAAAAUCCGAUGAUUCGUGUCAGUGCUGCUAGAAUUCUAAGAAAUUUAUGCACUUACAGUGGAUCAGAAUGCUUCAACCAGCUAAAGGGGGUCACAGCAGCAGCUCCCAUAGUACUUCAAGCAAUCAUGUCACAAGAGAACAAGCUACAAGAAGUGAUGGUUGGACUAGCAGCAAAUGUUUUCACAUUCAUGACUUCUUCUGAAUCAAGCACUGUGUUUCAAGAAGCUGAUAUCACUGAGGCUGAACUUGCCAAAAAGUUAGUCCAGAUUCUCAAGAAACAUGAAUAUCCAGCAACAAAGGUCCCACGGAUAAGGAGGUUUGUGAUAGAGCUAGCUAUUUGGAUGAUGAAAGACAAUGCAAAAAACAUAAAUACUUUUAAGGAUCUUCAAAUGGAAGAGGUGUUGGAGGGUGUAUUAGAGACCACAUCAGAGCUUGAAAGCUUUAAUGUUUUCUCUGGUACUGUCGGUCUGAAUCGGCACAAUCUAACAAUUCACUCACUUGUUGAGACAGCAUUGAAGUUGCUGGAAGACUAGUAAAAUAAUCGAACACAGUAAAUUAUUGCAAGAUCAUAUUGAUCCAAAGAAAUCACUGUAAUAGUGUACUUCUUGUACAUAUGUGUGUGAAACAUUCAUGGGCUGAAAAGCUAUAGCCUGAGUCAGUAACUUAUUCAUUAUAUUUUUUAUUCUGAUUCAAUGUUAUUAUUUCUAUUAAAUUAUU